GUGAUCGCGGGGGCACAGCCGUUUAUUUAAGCAUUGUUUGGUGAUGSUGCUUGUUUACGUUAUGUGUAGUCAACGKUAGCUCCAAACACUAGAUCUGAUAUUAAUGAUAAUUAACACGCUCUGAUUUUCACUGAUCAAUUGUCUGUAACCCUACCAACAAUGGCGAAUACGCAACGGUGGUKGAUGCGAGGAGGAGGGCGCAGUAGUAUAACGAUUUUGUGGCAAAGAUGGGGGAAGCGUGAGUGGGCCAUUGCCACAGCUGGAUUAGCCAUCGUUCUUCUAGCUUUCUCUUUCAUCAUUUCAUCUGAUUCAUCCUCCUCAGAUAAUUUCUUCGGCGCCACCACUUCCGAUUUUGUACCACUCACUCUCUUGAGCAAUGCUGUUCAAAGAGGCGCAUAUUGUUUAGAUGGAACUGUUCCUGCAUACCAUUUUCAGAAGGGUUUUGGAUCUGGCUUUAAGAGAUGGGUUCUACACAUUGAGGGUGGCGGUUGGUGCAAUACAGUAGAUUCUUGUUCCUUUCGUAAGAAGACCGCACUAGGAUCUUCAAAGUACAUGGAACACCAAGUUCAGUUUUCUGGAAUUUUGAGUCAUGAUCCGUCCCAUAAUCCAGAUUUCUAUAACUGGAACAAGGUCAAGAUACGGUAUUGCGAUGGUGCAUCCUUUACUGGGCACCCUGAGGGUGAACAAAAAAAUGAUUCUAAACUUUUCUUCAGAGGUCAACUCAUCUGGGAAGCAAUGAUGGACGAACUCUUGUCAAUUGGAUUGUCUAAUGCUCAAGAGGCACUUCUUUCUGGAUGCUCAGCUGGAGGACUGGCAACACUCAUACAUUGUGAUGACUUCAGAGAAAUUUUGCCUAAGGAUGCUAAAGUCAAGUGUUUAUCCGAUGCAGGUUUCUUUCUUAAUGAGAAAGAUAUUGCUGGUAAUGCCACCAUCCAGUCAUUUUACCAUGACGUUGUCCAUCUCCAGGGUGCAGCAGGAAGCUUGAAAAAGGAUUGUGUUGGCAAAAUGGAACCAUCCAAGUGUUUCUUUCCUCAACAAAUAGUGAAAAGCAUAAGUACACCAGUUUUCCUUGUCAACCCAACUUAUGAUUUUUGGCAGAUAAAAAACAUUUUGGUACCUGGUCCAGUAGAUCCUCUUGAUGGUUGGUACAAAUGCAAACUGAGUAUUCACAAUUGUGGUCCUGAACAAAUUCAAGUACUCCAAGGCUUCAGAAAUUCAUUCCUGAAGGCAUUAUCAGAAUUUCAGCAAAUGAAGGAUGGGGGAAUGUUUAUAAAUUCUUGCUACAUUCACUGCCAAACAUGGAUGUCUGAGACAUGGCAUGCUCCAAAUUCUCCCAGGAUAAACAAUAAGACAAUUGCAGAAUCAGUUGGUGAUUGGUUUUUUGACCGAAGAGUAACAAAAUACAUCGAUUGCCCUUAUCCUUGCAAUCCUACUUGCUACAAUAUGGAUUUCACUGGCCGCUGAGGAUGUCAUCAUCAAGCUUCAGCCAAUGCACCAUAAUGGCGUAUCUGCUAAGAGAACGGGAUCAUCAUCCUCUCAUUAUGUGGUCAUGAUUGGUUCGUUGUUUCAGUUUUAUAACUAUUACUAUUUAGAGAAUUCUAAUGGGUGUUGUAUUGGUAAAAUGAAAUGAACCUCCUCUUUUUGCUGUUGUGGGUUAAAAAUACAUGCUUCUUA